GUGGCCAGGGAGCUGCUCUUCCUUUCAAAGAAGGUGCAAAGACAAAGGCAGGUGGCUAUGAUGGCAGCGUCUCCCCAAAUCAGCCUUCUGAUCAUCGGUGGCGGAAAUCGAGGGAAGCGCUACGCGGCUUAUGCUCUGUGCCAUCCCACUCGCAUGAAGGUCAUUGGGGUGGCUGACCCCAGGGCUUCCGCCAGAAGGGAGCUCCAAGAGCUGCAUCCCAUGGACCCUUCCAAUGUGUUUGACGACUGGAGACCUGCGGCUGAGAGGGAGAGGUUUGCGGAUGCCGUUCUCAUUGCAACUCCUGACCGGCUCCAUAAGGCUCCGGCGGUGGCUUUUGCCCACAAAGGAUAUCACAUCUUACUGGAGAAACCUAUGGCGACCACCCCAGAAGACUGCAAAGAAAUAGUCCAGGCUUGUAAAACCGGCAAUGCCAUCCUUGCAGUGUGCCAUGUCCUGCGCUACCAUCCGGUUGCCCUGAAAAUCAAGGAGCUGCUGGAUUCAGGACUCAUCGGAGACAUCUGCCACAUUCAGCACUUGGAACCGGUGGGAUUCUGGCAUUUUGCACACUCCUUCGUGCGUGGGAACUGGCGGAACGAAGCGGAAAGCUCCUUCUCCUUGCUGGCAAAAUCGUGCCAUGAUCUCGAUCUCAUUAAUUUCUGGAUGGGGGACAAAAGAUGUUUGAAAGUGUCCUCUUUUGGGAAUGUCUCCCAUUUCACAAAAGAGCACCAGCCCAAAGGAGCAUCCAGCCGCUGUUGGGAUUGUUCGGUAGAGCAAACCUGCCCGUAUUCUGCUCAGAAGAUCUACAUGGAGCCAGCAAAAAAGGGCUACUUUGAUUGGCCAGUGUCCGUCGUUUGCAGUGACGGCGCAUACGAUAUCGAAUCCCUGGCGGACGCCUUGAGGCGUGGUCCUUAUGGAAGGUGCGUUUACCAGUGCGACAACGACGUUGUCACCAACCAGGUUGUCAAUAUGGAAUUUGAAGGAGGAGCUACAGUUGGCUUUACGAUGGUUGCCUUCACCGAGAAAUUAGGCAUGCGAAAAACCACCAUCUAUGGAACAAAAGGAGAGCUCCGCUGCGAAGGUGGCGGGCCGGUGGAAGUCUUCCGUUUCCUGGAGAAGAAGAUGACCACCUUUUCUCCGGACAAGGCCUCCUCCGUCCCGGCGAGUUUGAGUGGCCACGAUGGUGCCGACUUCUACCUGAUGGAAACCUUUGUUUCGGCUGUAGCCGAGAAUAAUCCAUCUCUGAUCCAGACCGGUCCAGAAGACACCUUGCAUUCUCACCUCCUCGUAUUCGAAGCAGAGAAAUCCCGGAGGGAAAACCGGGUUGUGUUCCUUGAACCAUGAAAAGGAGACCUUGAGCUGCUAUUAAUACCUCUCUGGGAAUAUUCCAGAGUCACUUUGGAUCUGAAUGUGCUUUUGAAUGUGGACCAAAAUUGCCAAAGGUUUGCAAUGGCACACACAAGCAUUCAAUGCAAUAGUAUUAUAACACAGCUAGACCAAUUUAUAUUCUAUUGGUACACAUUAUGUUAAUGAUUUG